AUGAAUAAGAACGGUACAAGUGGUCCUAUACCGAUAUAUCAUCAAAAUGCUAAUCCAUUAUUAUACACCCUUGACCAGGAUCAUAUGAACAUUCAACCAUAUUGGAUAAUGAUUCUACAAAUAGCCGCAUUUCAGUUAUUUUCUCGAUUUCGGCAUCUUAUCAAAUAUAGAGUGUUUUCAACCACAUUGGAAAUUGGUCUGUUACGUUGGGCGAUAUUAAAGCAGCUUAAGACAGUAAAACCACUUGUCGAAAAAUUCGAUGUUUUUUUCGGAAACGCCCUACAUAACCCUGGACUCAUUCGAGCAGAAUUGAUUAACGAAAUGGAGCGCAUUAAAAGAAAUACUCACAAAACGAAUGAAAGGUUCUAUAGGAAAAUUGAUUUCAAUAUUAUUGAUUAUAUUUUCCAUGGUCUUCCUGUACUUGGUCAUGCUAUUUGGUAUUGUAUCAUUCAAUCAUCAUGUAUGUCAGCAGAACGGGCAACUCCAUGGAAUUGUUACAAUGCAUUUGGGUAUCGACUAUUCAAUUAUGUAUUUGUAUCCUAUUGGAAUUUUUCCUCCGUUUUUUACGUACAAUUGAUGGCAUUUGUGCUCAAAGACGUCCAUAAACUUAAUUUACCAAAAAAAAAACCAAAAUCAAUCAUAAAAUACGUUAUCUAUACUAUUACUAUAGGACUGUAUUUCAUUACAUGGGCGUUUGCUGGUGCUUUGUUAUUGCCAUAUAUGAUCACUCAUGUUAUACCAAUGGCAUUUGCAUAUGGAUUUAUGGUUGUGAUCUACAUUUGUCUUUGGGUUGCAUUCUUAUGUUUCUCACAGAUUUUAGCAGCACUACCUAAAAUGACUCGUAUAAUAUUCUAUAUCUUUCUGCCGAGAUCUCUCGAAAGCGCAUUCUAUCCGAUUUCAGCUUUUUUGUAUUCGCUUGCACUCUUCAGCUAUACAUUUCCAAUUUUACUUACGGUGUUCUAUAAUUAUUCGCAAUAUUUAUAUUAUGGUGAAAAUUUCAUUUAUACAAUGUCAAAUGAGUUCAAUUCUCGAGAUACUGAAACAUAUUUUGCCAUAUUUAGAAAUUCAACGAGCACCAUAAGUAUACUAAUGGCAGAGUUUGUUACCAAGUCACAACGUAUGUUAAACUCACUGGAAUCGGGUAUCAAUUCGCUCACUAUUACCGAUGAAGAAACUUCAGCAUUGAAGCUAGAAGCAACUGGAAAGUAUCGUGUUCUGCGUUUGUUAUCAACACCAUUGAAAUGUAUAGAUCGAUUACCAACAGAGAAUGAAAAAGUGGGUAUUGUUCUCGAUGUGGAAACAACAGGUCUUAAUUCACAAAUCGACGAUGUGAUCGAACUUGGAAUGAUCAAGUUUAUCUAUAAAGAUUGUGGAGAUAUUUCUGAUAUCAUUGGCAUAUUUGACGAACUGAAUGAACCUCGUCAGCCUGUCCCUGAAUUUAUUACGAAACUUACAAAAAUUACAAAUGAAAUGUUGAAAGGAAAGAAGAUUUGUAUUGCAACUGUAAACGAAUUUAUCGGCAAUGCUGAUCUCAUCAUUGCUCACAAUGCAGCCUUUGAUCGACCCUUUUGCGAAAACUUAUCAGACGAAUUUUCAAGAAAAAGAUGGGCAUGUAGUAUGAAUGAAAUCAAAUGGUUUGAUUAUGGAUUUGAAAGUCUCAAAUUAAAAUAUCUUCUUGUUGAACUUGGAUAUUUCUAUCAAAGUCAUCGUGCACUCAAUGAUACUUAUGCAGUACUUAAACUUUUAUCAACUCAACUCCCUGACAAACAAGAAACUGGUCUUGCACAUCUACUCGAGUUCUCCAACAGGACAACUGUCCUUAUUAGAGCAAUUCAGUUUCCUUACAAAUACAAAGAUAACUUGAAACAACGUGGAUACAAAUGGUGCGAAAACAAUAAAAAUGAAAAGUUCUGGUGGACGGAAGUUUCAUUAGAUAAAAAGGAUGAUGAACUUAGAUUUCUCAAGGAAGACAAAUUCAAUUAUAGAGUUGAACCGAAAUUAACGACCAUUUCAGCAUUAGAAAGAUACAAAUCUUGGCAAAAACUUCUGUAA